CAGGUCGCUUCUUCUCUUCUUAGUUCUUAUCUUACUUAACUCCGCCUAUCUUAUCCAAAUCCCAAUCCACCUAGUCCUAAGUAGACGUUUUGUCAAUAGCCGUAAUUCAUAUUUCAUGAUAGAUCGACACCUAAACCAUUCCGUCCUUACAACUACACUCAACUGCGCCAAACAUCGUAAUACGCAAUUCCUAAUCAAUAUACCAUUCUUAUUAUCCUUCUCUUAUCACACAAGACGCCACUUGGAAUAAUAACGACGACAGGCUAUACUCCAAUCAGAAAUGUACCACCUUGUAUGUUACUAUAUAUAUAUACAACACGACCCUCUGAAGCUGCUCUGAAAUUCACGCCAAAUUUAUUAACCAACUCAUUUUCUAUUUGUUGCGAAUAGUCACUUUUCCUCUCUUACCAUCGAAAUAUACCAUCUACUUAGGGCCGCAACACAGCUAACAAGCUCCCCCUCUUUAUAUGUCACUGAACUAAGUGUUAUUUGUUUCACAGCAUUUCUAUUUUUCACCCUUUGGAAUUAGUUGGUAAGUGAUGUUGCUCUGACUAGUAUUUUUGUUUCCAAAUUUCAAGAUUUGCAAGAUAUCUGACCAUUUGAGAAUCAAUACGUCGAUAUUGGAAAUUUUGAUGAAAGGACCUAAAUAUUUAUUGGUUAUAAACUUCCUACUUCGUGUAUAAUAUAAACUACUUGCUUUAUCAUCGAAUACAGUUUUAUUUACGUGCUUACAGAACGGUGAUAAUUUUUCAUGGAUUUUAAGCUAGCGUUAUUGCCAAAUGGAAAUUAGCGCCACAAAUUGCCCUCCCUAUUGUUGAAAUAUCUCGAUAAGAGCUCAUUUAGCGUAUUGUACAAUAUUCGGUAAUUAUUUCAUACCAUAUAAAUUACCACUGUGGCUCCUUUGAUCGAAACGUUUUUUGAGGUUAUUGUUUGAUAAGUUGUGAUUGCCUUUUUAGCAUUUAUUUUAGUUUAGGUCGGCGUCUUUUUAUUAGCCCUAAUUUUUAUGUAUGCCUGUGUUUGUAUAAUGGCAGAGGCGCAACUGAGCGUUAUUUCUGUGAAGUGACAAAAGCAGCAGCACGAUUGUUAUCGUCCCAUUUUAUUAACCUCAGUUUCUUCUUGCUUUUUCAUUCACCUCUGCUCCCUAUCUUAAUUUUGCCACCUUGUCUUUGACGACGGACGGUCGCUUCGCAUUCAAAUAGUUUCCUGCAAACUAUAAUGCAAUGAAAACACUCUCUAUUAUCAUUCCAUCGGCCCAACAAUCCACCACUUCGCUUACGUUUAUCUCAGUCUUUAACAAUAUUUACAAAGUUUAACCCGAGUUAAUGAAUGUCAGAUUUAUUUGGAACAGCUAAAAGAGCCAAAGAUUUAUAACAAGUUAUUUAAAAUCACUGCUAGAGGUUAUUUUGGUUUGUGUUAGGUAUUCAAUUAUCAUUGAGAAAUGUGAUUCAAUUGUGUCGGGUUGAAGUGACUGUUUCUCGUCUGCCUCAAAAAUGAUUAGAUUAAAUUGAAUAUUAGCAGCUUCUUUUUGAUACGAAUCCACCCAAAAGAACUCAUUCCAUUUUCAGCAAGCGAAGUCAACCUUUCAAAUCCAGUUCUUACCACAACUAAACAAGCGAACACAUUCGCAUUCUAGUGUUAUUAUAAUUUGGUGUCUCAAAUCUCCCCGCUGGGUUAUGAUUGUUCAAAUCAGGUUAACCACUCGUUGCCCACCUUCAAACACAUACUCGUCCCCCCGCUGUUCACGUGAUAUUUUACUUGGUUAUGAUUGAUAACUACUGUUGUAACAGUUCUCUUAAGUAUUCGCGUGUCUUGUCUCUUAUCGGUUUGAUCUCCGCGCACAAAUAUGAUUUUCUUGCUGCAAGUUGGUCAACUGGAAAAGAGUCAUAAAUAGAACACAAAUUAUUUGACGAGAUUUUAUCGCUUUUAUGUGUUUACCAACAAUGCCAACUGGAACUAGCGGCCUCUCGCUGUUGUUAUUGUUGAAGAUCGCACUUCUGUGGCUCUCUUUUCAAAUGAAGACGUCUGCUUUUGAAACGAAAGAAGUGAGCAUCAGCUCGACAAAUCAGCGCAAAUUCAACGCGCGUUACCUGGUAGCAGAAGUUGGGAAGUUUUUUUCCUUCCAGUUUGAAUCGAGCGAUGAGACAAUGAGUUUAGCACUAUCUGAUUCUUCCCUGUUCAAUUGUGUGCUUCCAUGGCUUACUUGGGACGCCCUGAAUAAGACGUUGCAAGGAAUUCCUGCUCAAAGAGACAUUGGAACAAGGAAUCUGUUCUCAAAUUGUGGACAUGAUUUGUAUCCCAACAUAAGAGUGGUUGUGAAGUCUUCGACCUUGAAACGAGUUGGGUUUGUUAGGAAUGGAUUCGGCUCUCAAAAUGAUGACUGUGCUCGAAAAUAUCCAGUAGCAAUUACGAUUCUGUUUCCAAUGGAUGAGCAUUUGAGUCAGCCUAUACAAGAAGGAGCGCCUCGAAGUCUCUUGCGGAUAAUUUCAGAUUUCUUCGACCCAAGUCAAGUUCUGCCUCGCUUUUUAAAAUUGGCUUCCUUUUCACUGCUUACACACUUAAAACAUCGCAAUAUUCUGUGCAAUAAUCACAAAUUGCAAUUCAAACAGUCGCUCGUGCAAUAUAUUAGUAUUAGUUACCCACUACCUUUUUGCUCUUUGAAGUGCGAGAAAAAUUUCUCCGUUUUAAAUUAUUUGCCCAUUGAGGCUGAAAAUUGGAUCAGCUACGCCAGCCGACUAAACAAAAGUUAUUCAGUUGUUUUAACUCAAUUCAAACCCUCGCCGUCCUUGGAAGAACAACACAGCAUGAUAGAAAAUGCGGGGCCAUGGCGGGGUGUCAGAUCUGCUGAUGAUUUGGAAACAGACAUGGACAGUGGCAGCGGAUUUAUAGACGACACUCCCAAGCUGGAACUGAAUAAAACUCUGUUCCAGAAAUCAGUGCAGAUUCCAGAAGGCCAAUACUUCAGGAAAUGCAUUACAAAGGAGGCGUUGCUUUUGAAUGGAAUCCCAGUAGCAGAAUUAGGAAAUUUCAAAUUUGAGUUGACCAAAACUCCGCCUUCUGAUGACCAGGAGUCGUGGAUUUACUGGAAUGACAGGAGCCACUGCGUCGAAGGACUUCCAAUGAGUGCCCAAGAAGGCUUCAACAGAUUUUACAUGACCUGUACUUACAAGUUCAAUCAGCUCAUUACACUCAAAGGACCCUUGGAAAUUCUAGUGUUCAAGAACAAAAUACUGCCAAAUCAUAAGUUCGGUUUUCGACUCAGCUACAACUUCGAUGAGUUUCGUUACAAAAUACAUAUCAAGUUGGACGUUCUGUCCCAAAUCGCACAAGUUAUUGAACGGAAUAUUUCUGAGCUGACAGUUGACCAGUACUCCCACAUAAGGGGGUUGAACUUCUUCGAGUUGUGGAUCACGGUCCACUCGGUUGGCUACUUGCCCUGCAGUGACAAGCAAUUGACGAAAAUCCAAACUUACUUCUCCAGACUUGCUGGCGAGAAUUUAGAUCUUGAUCGGACCUUGUUGACACAGUAUUCUGGAGUGAAGCCAAGUAAUGCGCUAACAAGAGCCUUGGCGAAGUAUAACUUGCACUCAAUAAAUGCUACUUUUCUAGGUCCGUGCGUAGAAAAAGUUGCACUGUUCAACGAGCAGGGCGGCUCCGCGAUUGCAUCGUCUUUGCCUCCUGCGGGCACUAGUGGUUCUUCUGAUAUGCAAAGGAAGUCAAUUUUUUCAUCGCCAAUUGUAUUUGUAGUGAUCAUAGCUACAGUUGUGUUGAUUGUAGCGAUAGUGUUGGUGAGAGCGAGAAGCAACGACAGCUGCUUGAGACGUGGCAGGAAACCCAAAAACAUAGACACUCGCAAUUUUGCGCCUGUAAAGACUAAAAACCCACCAGUGGUUUUUGCUGAGGAAAUUGUAGACUUGCAAAGCGGCCAUAUGAAAUCGUACAAAAUGAAUCACAAGCAUAACGGAGUUCCUCCGCAACACGGGGGCCAAGCAUCGGCCUUGUCCGUAUGUUCCGUGUGCUCAUCAGACCACACACCUCCGCCGCCUCCACCUCCCGCUGCUCCGACGAUGCCUAGCGACGAGCAGAUGUCUCAACUGUAUGUCUAUCAGAACAGCUCAAGUGGAAACUCCUUUACUUUGCCUAUGAGUCGAAGCGCAACCGUUGACGUCGCUAAUCACACAUACUCGACGCUAAACAACCAUAACCACGUGAAUAACUUCAAGAGUGCAUCCAACUAUUUGGUUAACAAUAAUGUACAGAACGCAAAUUAUCAUCAAAUGAAAUCUAUGAGCCGGGAUUCGGAGGCGCUGCAAUCAGCGAAAACCAAUGGAACGCUGCGUUCGGACGAAGUCUGCGACGAAAAACGAAUCCAGAGAGGUCAGCAUUUCAACGAACUCGGAAAUCAAGCAGUGCACAAUUACAACAGCCAACCUCUGAAAAACCACGUCUCAAUGAAUGCUGCCUCGAAUGGCGUGAAUGGUCCAGCUUCCUAUCAGAGCGACUCGCCCCGCUCCAGUUCCUCGAGUAGUUUCAGACAGAUGACAGCCUUAGCCGAAAUCCAAGGCCAGCAGAUGCAACAGAACUUGCGAGGAAUGAUGGGGGCAAACAACCACCACGUGAACACUUUUUCGCCCUCUAGUGCUAACUCUCCCAGUAGUGAUUUGAACUUCAAUGACCACAGCAGCGAUUCGCCGGCAGGGACUUGGGCCAGUCAUUCUCCGAACCAACAACAACCUCCCCCUCCGCCCCCGGCUCCCAUGCACCACCAGGCUCCGAUGUCAAUGUGUAAUGGGUCAGCCGUCACUCCCAAUGCACAGUACACAGCAGUGGUGGGAAGUGGAACUAACAAGGUGGCAGGCAUCCAGCUGCUGGGUCCAGGCACACACACUAAUUCCAGACACCCACACCUACCGCCCAAGUUGUCGCCGCAUGGCGGAGGCAGCGGGUCUUCUAGCAGUCCAGGUGCAGUACUAUUUAAUCCGUCUAUGGAACUCGAAGUCUGAUUGAACUUCUGGCUCUAAAAUUAGUUAUCUGUUCUUUAAAUUUUAUUAUUCGUCCUUUCUUUUUGUUAAUGCGGUAUGUUGUACAUUUUCAUAUUAAAUGACUAUUUUUGUAAAUGUUCUCAAUUUAUUUGAGCAAUUCUGCCAAUUUAAAAUUUGCGAAUUU